CACUUGUGUUCUCCCCCAUUUGGCAAGUGUGCGAGGAUGUUAGCACAGUGUGCUCAGCCAUUUAAAAGAUUCGUUCUUUGGCGAAAGCCACCGUAAAUGCCAAUGGAAAGGAUUAAUUCUACAACACUAUUGGGUUCAGAGGAGCGUGCCGUACUCUAAACAUGGACAUGCACUUUCCCAGGAUUCCAAGGAAUGUCCCAGCCUCUCAGCAGCUUUCUGUCACUGGCCGCCCUCUCUGCAAGCAUUAUGUCCAGACGGAAGGUGAGAGGCCUGACCCGGAUGGGGCGACAGGUGAGCGAGGACCCGGACCUGGACACCUUGCUGUCAACGCUCUCCCCGGAAGAGAUGAAGGAGCUGGAGAAGGACAUGAUGAAGGUGCCCGACAUUAACCCGGAUGACGGCGAGGUGACCCUUCAAGCCGAGCCCGCCACAGGCAAGAACAACCACCAGGACGCCAAAAGUUGCCGCAACGAGUACACGCUCCAGGCUGAACCCAAGAAGGAAAGCCGGAAGCCGGAUUACCAGAGGAAGACAAGCCAGGAGGGCAACGAUGCCACCGGAGUUCAACGACGAAGAGAGAACGAGGUCAAACCCGGUGAUGACAAAGCUCCAGAAUCAUCGAAAGAGGAGCAAAGUCAGCUCUCCGGGGACCUGAAGGACAGUCGCAAGGAGAAAUCGACAUGUGAAGACAGCAGGAUGACAGACAGAAGAGAGAGCCGAGAGAGCAAAACAAGGGACGUGAUCUCCAAGCUGCAGGAGAAGAAGAAAGAAGAGACCCGUAGGGACGACUGCAGGAGGAGGGAAGACACCAAGACCAAGGACAUCAUCUCCAGGCUACGGGAGAAAAGCGAGAAGGAAAGCGGCAGAGAGCGGGUGCGGCGAUCCGACAGCUUCAGGACGCAGGGCCUGGUUUCCAAAAUGCUGGAGAAGCAAAACAAAUCCCAGGAGAACCCGACUCCCGAGGAGAAGAAGCACCAGGAUGAGGAGAAGGACAAGAAGGCGGCUUGUCGAGUGCAACGACAAGUAUCUGAGAAGGAGGAGGGAACGAGAAAAGGCAAAGAACUUCUCAACCACAGUGACUCUUUGGAGAAGAAAGCAGAAGAGGAGAAAGUGGACAACCAGGAAAAAGUCGCUAAUUGCGUAGCCCCGACCGCCAAAACGAAGGAGGAAGACGCCGCCGACGAAGACACUAGCAUGUUCGACGAGCUCCUGGAGCAGGUCCGGAGUGACGACCCGUCCUUGGUGGAGCUGAACGUCAACAACUCGGAGGUGAUCAAGACCAAGACGCUCAUCGAGCUGGCUGAGGCGCUGCGCCGCAACACCCACGUCAGGAAGGUGGCGCUGGCCAACUGCCGCGCCGACGACCACGUGGCGUACGCCGUCGCCGACACGCUACGCCACAAUGCCACCGUCACCAGCAUCAAUCUGGACUCCAACCAUCUCACCGGCAAGGGCAUCCUGGCCCUCAUCCAGGCGCUGCGCUACAACGCCACCCUCACCGAGCUGCGCUUCCAGAACCAGCGGCACAUCUGCGGAGGCAAGACGGAGAUGGAGAUGAUCAAGGUGCUGAAGGAGAACACCACCCUGCUUAAACUGGGCUACCACUUUGAGCUGGCGGGCCCCAGGAUGACCACCACCAAUAUCCUGAGUCGGAACAUGGACCGCCAGCGUCAGAGGCGCUUGCAAGAGCAGAAGCAGGCCCAGGCCGGUAACGGAACCGACAAGAAGGAUACUCUGGAGGUACCCAAGCUGGGUGCUGGAGGCUUCCCGAGGAAUUCCACCACAUUCAACUCUCCAAAGGCAUCCCCCAAACCAUCACCGAUGCCCUCACCAAUCCCUUCACCCAAGCUGACCCCCAAGAGGGGAGCCGGGGUUGCUCCGCCCCCACCGCCCCCACCACCUGUGGGAGGGCCCCCGCCUCCUCCCCCUCUCAUGCUAGAAGUGGACUCUUUAAGGAACUCUUUGACGCCGGUAUCGCGGAGGAGCGUGGACGGGAAGGGUCGUGCCGGGGGAAAGAACUCCAGGGACCAGCUGCUUGCCUCCAUCAGGGGGAGCAACAUCGAACAACUCAAGAAGGUGCCCAUUCCCAAGUGGCUGCAGUGAGUUUUCCCAUCUGGAACUUAAGAAUACGGUUGAACGGACAUCUCGCCGCAAGGUGACAAACCCUCCCUCGGGCGGAGGGUCCAUCUUGCGAGUAUGACAGUCUUGACUACAAGGCCGCCGUAUAAUACUGGACCAAAACGACCCUUGUGGAGAACAGGGCCCACGACGGUGUCUGCAAGUCGUCCAUUUUGCCGUCAUAUCGCUCUUUGCUGGUUGUUUGUUAUUUGCACUAAUGAAGGACUUAAAACAACAUAGAAACAACAAAGAAUGUUUAGCAUUUACAAUUGAUGGCCUGAUGGUUUUCAAGGAAAGAAAAAAUACACCGCAGAAAAAGAACAUCUUGGAUUAUGCGUCUCAUGUCAAUAAAUCUCAGGCAAAGUUGAUUUGGAAAAGUGCCACUAUGGAGUUUUAGUUUGGCAAUCAUUACAUGGCAGUGAUUAGAAAGUACAAAUUUAGAAGUGUUGUACAGAAUGGUUCUAGCUAACGUGACUGACAAUCGUAUGUAACGUUAAUGCAAUACGGCUACAAUAUGUGUUUUUAAGGAUGAUAUCGUAAAUUGAUAACUUUUGAGUGAAUGCCUUUUCUUCAAGGAUUGCGUGGCACUUCCUCUUUGUGUAAUUUUUUUUCAUUUUGCAAUGACACGCGCCUUUCUUACAAAGCCUGUACAUCUUCAAUAAAAUGCUUAUAAUAAAGUUUCUGUUGACUCACAAAA